GAAGUACUCCGCGAACUAGAUUGAGAGUGAAGUCACUCAGUUUUCAGUGGCAAAUAAAAGGUUUUGACAUCGCCCUUUGGAUGAUGAUUAGGAUGAAGAUGGUGAUGGUCUCCAGGACUAGCCGGAUGAUGGAGAUUCACGACUUUUAUCGGUUUUGCGCAGGACUAGUAACGAUGAAAUCUUCGCUCUCGGCUACAUCAGAUGUACUGGUGCGAAAUACUGCGAUUCGUCUUCAGCGGUCUAGGAUCUUUCAGGCAGUGAAUUUAAUGCGACCAAGAUGAUCAAGGCUCAGAAAGCACCGCUUGGAUCUGAAAGCUAGUCAAGGGCGUCAAGGAUGUAGGGAGGACGAAUGUGGAUAGAUCCAGGAAGUAGAGUAGGAAGUAGGUGACUGGUUCCAGGAAAUAGAAUAGGAUGGAUGAGGGAAGGUUUCCUGGUGGGUAUUCAUCGAUAGGCAGGCCAGAGAUUUUGAGCAUCCAGUAAAUCCUUCUUUCUACAACUUUCUUAGCCAGGAUUUGAGGUUGAUGAUUUAGCCAGGAUUUGAGGUUAAUGGUCCAGCGAACAUUAUAUAUGAUCCAGGGCUCAGGGCUACGGUACCGCCUCCCCCUAGCGCAGGGAGGAGGGUACCGGUAGCCCCGGACCCUUUCGGGAGCCGUCUGCCGGGGGUGGAAGGCCUCAAAAGGGGCCCAAGGGGCCUUCUCCGCUCCCUCCCAGCUGCCUGGCUUUACCCUACAGGCCUCCGACGAAGGUGGAAGGCUCUAGAAGGGGCCCAAGGGGCCGCCCCUGCUCCCCUUCAGGUGCCUUCCUGUGCCCUACAUGCCUCCGAUAUGCUUCGCCGCCGCAGCAGUGCGCCGGGUGUGGAAGGCCUCCGAGGGCGGCAAAAGGCGAGGGGCUGGACCCCCUGAGCCGCGCGGCCUGUACCCUCCGGGCCCUUGGUCGUCGGCUUGCUUGCGCUUGAGACCGUCGCCGCCUUCGGCGGCCUUUUACCCCGGAGGCCUCCAGCCUGCGAGGGUCAGCAGAGGCCCGGAGGACCCGGCGGGACAUUCAGAGAGGCGCAAGGGGACGCCCGCGGCCAGUUUUGACGCCUUCCACCACUAGGAUCCGCGAAAAUCAGCGCGGAAAAGAGCGCGUGAGCGCCACCACAGACCAGACCACGGGGGGGACGUACAGCCCGAAAGCAUAUAUGUGCCAGGGAGCGAGGGAGGCCCCCCCUGUGGAUGGAGCUGGAUGGGCGUCGGCGCGCCCUUUUUUCCGCGGUGGUGGCGUGUGAGGAUUCCCGGGGGCGAAGGCCUCAAAAGGCGGAGCCGGCGCCCCCUUGCCGCUCUCCGCGUGUGCCCCACAGGCGUCCCGGCUCUUGGGCCCUAUCAUGUGCCCCACAGGCGUCGCGGCUCUUGGACCCUAUCAGGGGGACGGCCUCCGGGGGUAGAAGGCCGCCGAAGGCGGCCACGGUCGCGAGGCCUGGCCCCUUUGGCCCUCAUCCCCCGGUAGCCGCCAUCAAACGCCCGGGGGGUUAGGGGCCAAAGGUGAGGAGGAGUGGGGGCAAGGCGUGCCCGCCUGGUGGCGGUCGGAUACAUGCAGCACGGCAAAAGGGGUGAAGCCUUGCCACCUGCUGCCCUCGGAGGUCUUCCACCCCGCAAGAAACUACUCCAGUGAGGAGCCCGCGCGCGGGAGGUCUGCCGGGUACAUGCAACACGGCAAGGGGGUCAAGCCUUGCCACCUUUGCCGCCUUCGGAAACCUUCCACCCCCGGCCGUCGGUGCUUGAACGGCCUCCGGGGCUUGAGUUCUGCAGGGUACCGCCAAGGAGCCGCGAGGGCCCUCAAAAAGUUAGAUCGGGGGGGGGGCUUCAGCCCUGAGCCCUGGAACAUUAGAGCCUAGAAAAGCAGAGGCUCUUGCGAAAGUGAAAGGAUAGACGAAGACUAACUGUAGUAAAGAGAUCAGGUCGCACUCCGUAGAGUCGAUGAACAAGUCUUGAAGAACCAAACGACGCAACAAAAGGCGGGAGAACAACGGCAGAUCCCAGUUCUACCGGUUCUAGAAGUGAGGCGGACGAAGCACCUCAUCAACGAAAAAAAACCAGCCCCGAGCCAGAUCCUCCGAUUUCUUACAACUUCUUACUACAGCUACCACUGUUACAACCCCGACGUCGAGAACCAAGUUGUAUGAAUAGCCAGAGGGUUUCCUCUGAAAGCCCAGGAAGUGGAGCAGAUCAGGAUCUACUAUCAGAAUCACAGGACGUAGAAAAGGACCGACAGCAGAGGAAAAACAAGAUGGACAGGCUUACAGACAUGAUCACGCGUCUUGAGGACAAGAUCGCAGACCAGGAGAAGAGAAUCAAUGCGCUGGAGAAGGACAUGCUUCGUGUCUCCGAUGGUGGAGCGCUUUCCGGCGCGACUGCCACUUCGGGAGGUAUCAUCUGUCUAUAUUUAUCGUGAAUAGAAUCGGUUUCUUUCUGGAAAAUUAUGCUUAAACCUGCAAAGCAGGAUGCUUUUUGCGAAGAAUUUGAUUGACUGACAUGUAAGUGUUUGAUUUAGUCCGCUCUGAAUUCUUGCAUCGAAGGUUACACUUUUAGAAGUAGUGUGACUUUUUUUUCCUGUUUGAUUACGAACAAUUAUACUACUGUCGUUUUCAUUUCGAGAAUUCUUAAAAUCAAAUAAAAAGCAUAACCAGCACUAUUACUUCUAAAUAUGAUCAGUGUCCCAGCGAAGUGUGGACCGUGCGGCGGAAAUCACGAAGAGGGUUCUUGAUAAGUUGGAAGAACGAGGCGUCGACCACCGCUGCCUGGACUACUGGCGAUCCAAUCCCGAUUUUCAUGCGGAUUUGCUUCCGUCUGUGGAGGAUGAGACUCUACCUCCCAACCGCGACUCCGGUCGUGACGAAAGCCCAUAUUGGAUGAGCCGUCUCAAAAAGUAACCCUUGAGCUUUUUGAUGACAACCAGUUCCACUAUUAUUUCAUCUUUUGAAGAUGCUUCUAUGUUUCUGUAUAUUUGUUGGAUGUUGAGGCUCGUUGUACUAUUCAAAGAAGUCGGAUUGUAUUGUUGUAUUUCUUAAAGUAAUUAUGUCGUGAAGAAAAAUGUGUUUUCACAGAAAGUUGUAAAUAAGCGGAGGCUAGUACAAGUAUUCUGUGCCCUUGCACGACGUGUACAUUUCAUCAGGCACGUCGAGCUUCGCUUGGGUGGCGGCAAGGACUGGCGCGAUUGGGGUAAGGGAAAAGGCAAAGGCAAGCGCUCGCGUUCGCGGGGGCGCGAUUUCCACUAAGGAUGUUAGCUGUCGUCGAGGACUGGAGAUACAACGUCGAAGACUCCAACAUUCGAUCACAGAGGUUGAAGACGAUGUGAUUGAAGUUGGAAGAUGAAAAUGAUAUUCUUGUUGGCUGGGGGAGAAAUGAACAACACGGUGUCGGCCCGAUUCUACAAGGCCGAAAGAAGGUUAUAAUCUUAAGAUUUUUGCAGUCAACACGCGGACAGGACGAAGCUAUGCCGCCGACUCGCUGGCUACGCAUUUGCUGGGUGACGCCUGGUUCUCAGCUGGUUCUAAGCUUCGCUUAUAGAUUUAAUGAUUCGCCGCAUUUUCAUCUUUAAAGUAAGUACUAUCACUUGAAAAAAUUUAGAAGUAGGGAAGAAAUUGGGUAAUUCGAGUAAGGUGACUGCAGUAUGUAUAAAACCGAAAAUGAAUAAGGGGGUGACCAUUUGUCUUGCGCUAGGCAAUUCGACGUCAAGCUAUAAUUUCUGAGACUGUGUUGAGUAGACGCAGAAGUUCGAAGAAAAUAUUGAUCGUACUCCACGCUUUUAAUAUACGUAUUCCGCCGCCCUGGCUUCCCAACUCCUUCCAACAUCGGUGGAGUACCAUACUCCUACCUUUUGGAGUGCCAUGCUUUUAACAGUGACGGGUAAAAAUGAGCAUAACGUUUGAUCUACGCAGCUAAGAAUAAACCAAAACUCCCUGCUGUGAGAGGAUGAGUCAAUUUGUCUUCGACCGACAAAAAAUAGGCAUUUUACUAUGCGGAUAGGUUGUGUAUUCGUCACUGCUUUGAUGAAAUGUCACUUGCGUAGUGGACUUUUAGGCUGACGUGAAGUUUCAGAUUUAAUGAGUGAUGUAGUGUUGAAUGCGGUGAUGAUCCAGUCUAUAAAAAGAUCACGCGAGAAAGGUGUCUUCAAGGAUCUUGUACCUUUUGUUGUAUCUACUCUGAUCAGCCAACACGAGCAUACGAACCCUGCUGAACCACAGAACGAACAAGUAUACCGGAAGGAAUCGUAAUUAUCAUAACUAGUGUAUGCAUCUAGUAUCAUGUUGUUCAUUUUGAAUUUCGUUGCGCAUGUACGUAUUGUUACCUGUAACUUUGAAGGUGUUUCGCCUGCUCCCGGUCGCAGAUGAGAUCGUUUGCAUCAUCCUGGCAUUAGAAAUGGCAUGUCUACGAUAGCAGGACUAUUGACCAUACUGGCGGGGAAGAAGGUAAUGCAAGAGUCUUCGGAUCUGCAUUAUUUGAUUCUCCGUGUUGUUGAUACAACCUUCACAGUCAGUGUCCUUCUCCUGGAAACCGUACAAGCAGGAAGUAGCAGUUCCUCUCGACCUCCA